AUGAAGUCCAUCCUCGACGGCCUGGCAGAUACCACCUUCCGAACCAUCACCACAGACCUCCUGUACGUGGGUGCCAAUGACAUUCAGUACGAAGACAUCAAAAGCGACAUGGCAUCCAAAUUAGGGUACUUUCCACAGAAAUUUCCUCUGACUUCCUUCCGGGGAAGUCCCUUCCAGGAAAAGAUGACUGCCGGGGACAGCCCUCAGCUGGUCCCCGCGGACCAGGCGAACCUCACUGAAUUUUACAACAAGUCCCUGUCCUCCUACAAGGAGAAUGAGGAGAACAUCCAGUGUGGGGAGAACUUCAUGGACAUGGAGUGCUUCAUGAUCCUGAACCCCAGCCAGCAGCUGGCCAUCGCUGUGCUGUCCCUCACGCUGGGCACCUUCACGGUCCUGGAGAACCUGCUGGUGCUCUGCGUCAUCCUCCACUCGCGAAGCCUGCGCUGCCGGCCGUCUUACCACUUCAUCGGCAGCCUGGCGGUGGCCGACCUCCUGGGGAGCGUCAUCUUCGUCUACAGCUUCGUGGACUUCCACGUGUUCCACCGCAAAGACAGCCCCAAUGUGUUUCUGUUCAAACUGGGGGGGGUCACGGCCUCGUUCACAGCCUCGGUGGGCAGCCUGUUCCUCACGGCCAUCGACAGGUACAUAUCGAUCCACAGGCCCCUGGCCUACAAGAGGAUCGUCACACGGCCCAAGGCCGUGGUGGCGUUUUGCCUGAUGUGGACCAUCGCGAUUGUGAUCGCAGUGCUGCCCCUGCUAGGCUGGAACUGCAAGAAGCUGCAAUCGGUGUGCUCAGACAUUUUCCCGCUCAUUGACGAGACCUACCUGAUGUUCUGGAUCGGGGUCACCAGCGUGCUGCUGCUGUUCAUCGUGUAUGCCUACAUGUACAUCCUCUGGAAGGCGCACAGCCACGCCGUCCGCAUGAUCCAGCGCGGUACCCAGAAAAGCAUCAUCAUCCACACGUCCGAGGAUGGCAAGGUGCAGGUGACUCGGCCCGACCAAGCCCGCAUGGACAUUCGGCUGGCCAAGACCCUGGUCCUCAUCCUGGUGGUUUUGAUCAUCUGCUGGGGCCCUCUGCUCGCCAUCAUGGUAUACGAUGUCUUUGGGAAGAUGAACAAGCUCAUUAAGACGGUGUUUGCGUUCUGCAGCAUGCUCUGCCUGCUGAAUUCCACAGUGAACCCCAUCAUCUACGCUCUGCGGAGCAAGGACCUGAGACAUGCUUUCCGGAGCAUGUUCCCCUCCUGCGAAGGCACCGCACAGCCUCUUGAUAACAGCAUGGGGGACUCAGACUGCCUGCACAAACACGCCAACAACGCAGCCAGCGUCCACAGGGCCGCGGAGAGCUGCAUCAAGAGCACGGUCAAGAUCGCCAAGGUGACCAUGUCUGUGUCCACGGACACGUCUGCCGAGGCUCUGUGA